CAACAUGGACAGUUUUGAUUGCAGCUGUUGAUGUUAUUUAUACAUUAUAGUGCGUGAUUGAUGUUGCAGAAUAGUGUAAGAAUUGAAUGUGUUUGAUAUUGCAAUUCUUUCUAAAUUUAAUUCAGAAUGACUAUAGAGACUGGUGGAAGAAGCGGCACAAAAAAUCCAAUUAAAAUAAUUGCAAAUAUUUUUAUAUCUUUUAUUGGUGCAGGCGUAUUAGGGCUACCAUUUGCUUUUAAGGAGAGUGGUGUUUUGGAAGGAGUCAUCAUUAUGUUGGCAGUUUCAGUAUUUAGUAUUAAAGCUAUGCUGCUUUUGAUAAAAUGCAAGUACAAAAUCCUUGAAAAUCAAGCUACAAGUAAAAUGACAGCUUUCUCAAAAUUUGAAAAACUGAACCUGAAUGAUUCGCUUCCUACAAAAAUUGAUCAAGAAGAAAUGAAUGUACUUCUUAAUUCAGAAAAUCAUGAGCUGGAACUUGGUGAAAUGUCAAAUGGAAACAUAGAGAUAAAAACAAUGCACAAAUUAUUUCCUAGUUCUACAGAAGGUGUAAAUGAACAAAUAAAAUGCAGUUUUAUUCUUGUAAGUUCCAUUUAAAUAUCUCUUGUACUCUGCAUUGUUGUUUUAAGUAAUUAAAUAAAAAAAAAUAUAGUUUGGGAGUGUAGAUCAUUAAAUCUUUAAGAAUAUAUAGCUUAUGUUAACCUAUACCUACUAAUAAUUUCACUAUUCAGUUAUAUUUUGUAUUUUUCUGAUCAGUGUUACAAAGUAAUGUUUAUUUUUAUCAACAAAAAUUCAGUAGUUUUAGUAGAGUAGUCAUGUAGAAAUUUGUAGGGAGAAAAGAAUUCCAUGGAAUGCUAUUAUUAAUUGUAUUUUCAGAUUGUUACAGGUUUUGUAUUACAGUGGCACAUGUGAGAUGUUUAUGUACACAAGUAUAGUACUAAAAGAGUAACUUACUAUCAUAAUGAAUGAAGGGUAGUUCAAAAAUGUCUUUUAAAAAAUCCUAAACAAUCUGGAAAUAGGAAGAUUAGUCUAAAGGAAGAGUAAUCAAUUAGUUGAAGGUAAUCAAUUAAUGAGCCCAGUGGUUAAUCAAUUAGCAAAUUUUACUAAUCUCCCAUAUCUAUUGAACAUGUUACUUUUGAAUUUUUAGAAUUAUAAUGAAU